GCUACUUGCUUAGCUUGCAGGGCAGCGAGUUCACAGCUGCAGCCAUGAUGGACGCGGAGGUGUCGCUGCCCGCCGGUGGAGACGGCGCCGCGACGCAGGCGCCGCCCGGCGCGCAGCUCGACUCUCAGAGGCAGAGCCAGCCAAUGCGUCAGGGCGGAGGUGCGGCGGGUGGCGACAGCGAUGAAGACCUGGAAGACCACAAGGUGCCGGUCAGCGUGGAGGUGUGUUUGCGGGAUGACAGCCUGUGCAGCCACCGGCAGGUGGCGGAGGCACUGGCCAGGUACCUGGAGGGCCGCACGCUGUGGUACCGCAACGGCCCGCUGGACCUCGCCGAUGCCGAGGACCCCGUGCUGCAGCAGCAGGUGGCGGCGGCCGCCAUCUGCGACGCGGACCCACAGCUGCACCGGCUCCACUCGCCGCUGCUGUUCUGGCAGUACACCCCGCGUAUAUUCGUGUACCAGCUGAGUGACGAGGGCCCUGCGGAGGACGACGAGGGGGAGGAGGGAGUGCCCAGCUACCGCGAGCUGCUGCUGCCCGCCCUGGAUCUAGCAGGGCAGUGGGAGGCCCUGCAGUUCGACAGCUCCAUCCAGCAGCGGCUGCUCAGCUACGCCACCAGCGCCCUGCUGUUCGCGGACCGGGGCGUGGACGGCAACCUGGUGGCCUGGAACAGGGUGGUGCUGCUGUACGGGCCACCCGGCACCGGCAAGACCUCGCUGUGCAAGGCGCUGGCACACAAGCUGAGCAUACGGCUGGGCGGCAGGUACCGCCAGGGCUGCCUGGUAGAGGUGAACGCGCACUCGCUGUUCUCAAAGUUCUUCAGCGAGAGCGGCAAGCUGGUGAGUCGGCUGUUCGCCAAGAUCACUGAGCUGGUGGAGGAGCCGGACGUGCUUGUGUUCGUGCUCAUUGACGAGGUGGAGAGCCUCACCAGCGCCAGGAAGGCGGCGGUGGCUGGCUCGGAGCCGUCCGACGCCAUCCGGGCGGUGAACGCGCUGCUGACUCAGCUGGACGCGCUGCGGCGCUUCCCCAACGUCAUGGUGCUCACCACCAGCAACAUCACACAGGCGAUCGACGUGGCGUUUGUGGACCGGGCCGACAUCAAGGCCUACAUCGGGCCGCCCACACUGGCGGCGCGCUACGAGAUGCUGCGGGCGUCUGUGCAGGAGCUUAGCCGCGCCGGCGUCAUUGCAGAUGACACGCGCCGACUGCUGCUGCCUUACCACGAGACCGCCGCCGCCGCAGCAGCGUCCCUGGCGGCGCAAGGCGCCGGCGGCAGCGCCGCCGCGUUCGGCUGUAGCAACGGCAGUAGCAACGGGCAUGUCGUCGACCAGAAUGGCGGCGUCAGCCCCUACGGCGGUGGAGCUGGAGAUGGAGGCGGGGGAGACGGCAGUAGCAUGCUUGCGGAAGGAGGCAAGGGGCUGGCGGCGGCAGUAGCAGCGCCCUCUUUCCUGACGUUGCCGCCGCCGGGGCUGUCACCGGAGGGGGCUGUAGCAGCGGGGCUGAGCCUUCAGCUUCUGCAAGCGGCUGCCGGGUGUGAGGGGCUGAGCGGCCGGACACUACGGAAGCUGCCCUUCCUGGCGCAUGCGGGAUCUCCGGCACUUGUGCAGCAGUCAGCAGCGGGGGCCGGGCCGGGAGCGUCUUUCGGCAGUGGUGCUGGUGGAGGAGAUUCCAACCCAAACUAAACCGGACCCAAUGCAAUAGAGCGAGGAGGAGAGCGUGGCCUAUGCUUGACAACGGAGUGGCACGCAACAAUAGUCCCUUCUUCGGUCUUGCGCAUGUGGGCGGCGCUGACUGUAGCCGCCUUCGAAAUUGCCACCCAGGCUCAAACACACGUACACACGUCCUAACUAGCAAUGCAGACUAGGCACACGUUUAAUACCCACUUAGACGACAUCAAGGGAGCCCGGGCGCCGAGGAGGAGACCAGCGCCAGGGCGGGGCGUUCGCAUGUGCAAAAAGGGAAAAGGCAAACGGUGUGAGCGGAAAGCCAACAGUAUGCCAAAUUCACAAGCCUGGGUGGCAAGAGAGGGGAGGGAAACAAUCAGCGGGCAACAAUAUAGAGGCAAGCUCACAUCGGCAUGGGGCCACACGGGGCUAGGGGGGUACAGGGACAAGGGGGGGAGGGGGCGGUUAGGGGAGAGGCAGGGUGCGGGCCGCGGACGGCUCCCCUUGGCCCUGCCAAUCCGGUAGGCUAAAACGCUAAUAAGUAGGCACUUUUGAGCCCCUGGAUGCCGUGGGCGAGAAUGUGGUUAGGGCCCUUCUCGACAGCGGCGGCGGCGUACCCCUGGAAGAUGCAAGCCAGGGGAGGGGGGUGUGCAACUCGGCCUGGAUCCAGGGUCGCGCUGCAUGGGACCCGGCCAAAAGGUGUUCGGACCCCUCCCAAGGAGCUUCCGGCCAUUCAUUUGUGUAUGUAAGACAACUGUAUA